UCACCGCACCGUCUGAUCUGAGCCAUCCAAGCCAAGUCAAGCCAUUGCUUUGUUGUGGAUGGCGGCUGCGCUUGUGUUGUGGAAGUGCGCUUCAUGAGUGAAGGAGGUUCUAUUUCUGUAUAAAAAAAACUGCGUUGGAAGCUAUAUCGUCUGUCGAUAUGCAAUAUUCCCUCGUUGAGUUCAUCAAAACCAAGGAAAUUGAGGUCGUCCCGUGCUCUUGGGUCCGCGGGAGCAAGUGUCUCUGGCCGAACCGACCGUCAAGUAAGGUGGCGCAAAUGGCGAAGAAGGGGUAUCCUCCUGGAACAGACUGCACGGAAUACACUGUGCGCGUGAAAGGCAUAUUUGUCUCAUACCACGCUGCGAGGUUGAAGCUUCCACUGUUCGAGAUGACAUCCGACAUCAAUUCAGAUGUUCCAGCAAAAAGAAAGAGAAUUGCUAAAGUGAUUGAAAGCGAAGAUGAGGACUUCCCGCCUGUGCCACCAACCUUUCUUCAUACUAAUCAAGAUCCCACAAGAAGGCAAGCUCAGCAUGCAUCAUCAGCAACUCGUGCAUCAAAUGACACGGAAGAACAAUCUUCCUUUCGGUCACAAGUGUCUGACGCCUCCAGUGACACGGGAAUGCCAGCCUCCUGUUCUGGGUCCUUCGCAGCUCCAUCGCCACUUAGUGCUGCAGAUACUGACGACAUAUCUACUUUGCGAAGCGAGAAUGUGCUGUGCCCUUCCCGGAGUGCCGAAGAAAGACCAAUGCCCUUACGUGAAUUCCAACGUCAAGUGCUCCGCAUGCUUAACAUAAUUAGGUUGAACCAGCAAGAACAAGGUGACCUCCUCUCAGGCUUUCUAUGCUCAAGGCCGGAUACGCUUGUCACAGAAGAGACCCUUAUUUUUCCUGAGCCACUUGACACUGUCGAGCAGUUGGAAGAAUUCGAGAGUGGCCUCACACCUGAGACUGAGAAAAAGCUGGUGAUUGAACUAGCACGACUUGGUGGAAGCUCCAGCAAAAUGGCUGUUAAGCGUAUGCUACACCACUUGCUCACGAACAACUUGGGAAUGCUCUACAGCUGGCUUGGAAACAAGGGAAAAGAAAGAUUCAAGGACCUUAAGAUUGUCAACAUUAUGUUGCGUGCAGUCAGGCAAAUCAAACGGCUGGAAAAAACCACAGAGUUCGAUGUGGAGACGGAGGUGAAAUCCUGGCUUCGUCAUGCAAAAGACCGCCAGAGUCGGCUGCAAAAAGUGUGAACUUCGUGGUCCCUUCGUAGUUGAGAAACAGUCCCAGGUAAAGCCGUGCUGUAUUGGAACGUCACUUCCCAUCUGUUACAUUGCCGUAGGAAGCAUUGCAAUUGGUGCCAUCAGUUCUACCACUCGUGGAAACCAUUCGAUGUCACAAGAUGAGAGCAGGACUCUGAUGUCAUGGAUGGGUGCCAUCCUUCCAGUUUCAUCACAUCUAAUGCUACUACCGGUGCCUUCAUUUACCGAGUGUGCUGUGCUCGCCACUGCCAAAGGAUUUGUAGUUUAUAUGGCUUUGCCUUGAUCAGCUCCCAACUGAUGUGUGACUGUUGAAGUAGUGGAGCGUCAGUCAAUCGUCACUUUUGGGUGGACAUUGAACUUGAAUAGGGAGAGUGUAGGCUGACUGAUUUCAGCAAUUACUUUAUUACAGUGGACAAAUAACUCACUUUUUUAUAUUUUGUAGUUAUAUGGGCUCAGUUUCA